AUGUCGUUCCGGUCGCUGCUGGAGGCGGCCAUGGGCGACGCGCAGGAGCUGCCGCAGGACGAGGUGGGGCGCAUCGACGCGCAGAUGGAGAUGAUGGACGAGGAAGACCAGCAGUCGGACGGCCCCGCGGACGAGAGCGAUGACGCGUACGUGCCGCCGUCCAGCGAGGACGACGACGACGGCGUCGAAGAGGAGGAGGAGGACUCGGACAUCGAGCGCCAGCUCUGGGGCAAGUCGCGCAAGCGCAGGCGGCGCGGCAGCGGCCGACAGGGAAGACGCCGACGGAGAGGAGGACCCACGGGCAAGCGCAGCGCCAUCACGCUGCUCAAGGACUUCAUCAAGAAGGCGCCGACCAUCCCGGACCCGUACCACACGCUGGGCAUGAUCUACGAGGACCGGCAGGACCGCAUCAAGGCGCUGCAGUUCUUCCUGAUCGCGUGCACGUUGACGCCGCAGGACGCAGAGCUCUGGAAGCGCGUGGGGCGCAUCGCGAAGGACGAGAAGAACUUUGACCAGGCGCUGUUCUGCUUCAAGAAGGCCAGCAGCGCAGACCCCAAGGACAAGGAGGCGCUCUUCAGCUACGCAGAGUUGUGUCGCGAACAGGGCGACAAUCGGCGAGCUGCCGAGGUGUUUAAGAAGCUCACGGUGCUCAUCCCGAACGAUCUGUCGCUGUGGAUUCAGAUUGCCGAGGCGUACCAUUGCAACGAGCAAGAAGAUGAGGCGGUGGAUGCUCUGAAAAUGUGCAUUGAGAAGGCGGCGACGCUGGACCCGACGCGGAAUCUGCACUCGUCGAAGUACGAGCUCAAUGCUGUGAAUAUGCUUGCGGAUUUGUACAUUACUCUGAAGAAGUAUCGUGAAGCUAUCGAGGUGAUCCACCACCUGCAUGCGCGGUAUGCCUCAGCUCAAGACCCUGACCAGGUUGAGGGUGAUCCGGGUGGCUUGCCGCUGGAUAUUGCUGUGAAGUACGGCAUCUGUCACCUGUUUGAGCGAGACUUUGCCACGGCUGAAUCCAUGUUCACACAUUUGUUUGCUCAGGAUGUGGAAGUGUUUGGCGAUCUAUACCUUGACGUGGCUGAUGCGUACAUCGCGCUGGGAGAUCAGGAUCGCGAGGCCGCUGCAAUUCUGCAGCAACUACUCGGUCGUGAAGAGUUCCCUGUGGAGCAAAUCUGGAUCAAGUUUGCCGAGUGUCAUGACCGCCUCGGCAUUUACGAUGUGGCCGUCGAAUACUACGAGAAAGCGCUAGCCCACCAACGCUCUUCCCCGGACUUGACAGUGGACCCAGAGUUGAUGCUGAAGGCGAUGCAGGCAACAAGAAAGAAAAAUAGUCCGCUUGAGGGUAUCGCUCUGCUGAAAGAGUACCUGCCUGAGACGAUGAGGCCUCCCAUCCGACCGUAUUGGAUCAAUACUUCCCGGAAAAAUAAAGAUCAAGACGAGGCUUCUGCGCAAGGAGAUGAGAAUGGAAAGGACCCUGCAGACAGUGACGUCGAAGAAGUGGAGGAGGAGGCAGAAGACGACGACGAGGAUGCUGAGGAUCAAACGCGAAUGGAGAUGGCGCCUGAUCCAUCGCUAUCGGUCGAUGCCAUGGAGAAUGACAUCCGUCUCAAAUUGUUGAUCGAGUGGGGCCACUUGAAGAAGUUAUCAGGCGAGGCUGAGGUGCUUUGCCAAGUUGGCAUCCCAAUCAUUCUCACGUCUCUCAGCCAGACCUCGUUCCGACUAUCUGGCCGAGUGAAGAAUCCUUUAGCAGAGCCACAGGACGUAAUUUCUGAGAGCGAUGCGCAGUCCAUGGGUUUUCAAGUGCUCAAAUCCCAGUACCUGGUGGAUAUCACGGACUCGAGACAACGCGAGUCGUUCAUGGGUAUCGUUAUGCGCGUGGCACAGCAAAUCGUAAUUUCUCGGGCGCUUGGUGAACAACUCUAUUACAACUUGGUGAUCGACGUCGCCCAGACACUCACUGAACUGGGUAAAUACGUGGCCGCGAUCGAGCUACUAACUGAUGUGAACACGUCGGACAAGAUCUCCAAGCCUACGCUGCGCUUCGAGCUGCGCUUCUUAGCGCUCGUGAUAGCUCUCGAAUUCAAGGAGAAUCGCAUGGCGUAUGAGUGCGCGCGCUUGAAUAUCAUGGAGGACCCACACAACCUGGGCUACUGGAACCUGUUCUCGCGCGUGAUCGCCAUUACCGGCGUGUUUUCGUGGCACCAGAAGUUCCUGGCCAAGCUACUGCGCGACGACCCGGAGAGCUACCCAGCUAUUCUGCUUGCCGGCCACCAAUCGUCGGCCUGGGAUAUCGCCUCCCUAACGGUGGGUGAGCUGACGCUUGCUCACCAGAAGCACCCCAACGAUCCACUCACGCUUUUCUGCAUCGGGUUGGCGUUCCUCUCGGCGUCAAUGCAGCGGACAAUUAAUGACCGGCAACACACGGUGGCGAAGGCUUUCGCGUUCCUGCAGCAGUACGAGCGUACUCGCGUCGCCGCCCCGAGUGACAUCACAUCGGACAUUCGUCAGGUCGAAGCCUGGUACAACAUUGGUCGCGCACACCAGCAACUGGGCUUGUUUCAUUUGGCGAUCCCGAUGUACGAGCGAGUUCUCCGGUUCUUCGAAACGAGCAAGGAGCAGCAGCGCGAGGUGCCUCCGGAGUAUUUGCUUUGCCGCGAAACGGCCUACAACCUGUCCCUCAUCUACAAGCAGAGGUGCGUCGUUGAACUCUUGCAUUGA